AUGGCAUCACCUUUAUCUCCACCAAAAAUCCAAACAGUCGCGACACCAAACAUAAUGUCGUAUGAUCAUUAUGUUAAAACACCUCAUAUUCAAUUAAGUUAUCAGAAAUGGGGUGAAAUUAAAAGAUAUUCACAGAUAAUACACGAGUUUGCAACAGAUGCACCAAAUCAUCCACUAUCAAAUGCUUUAUUUUCAGAUCUGUAUAAUAUAUCAAGAGUAUUAGUGGAAGUUAUCGAUAAUUUAUAUAUAGAAUCUCAUACAAGAGAAAGUUUAGAGUUUAAUAAUUUUAGUCAUCAAUUGGCAAAUGGACAAAUGGUAUACAAGAAUCAAACAGUUCCAACGGAUGCAAUGAUGAUCGAUACAAAAAAACCUCAACAUAUUAUACCACAAACAGGUUAUUAUCCAUACGAAUAUAUGGGAUAUUAUUUACAACAACAACAACAACAACAAGCUACAAUGCCACAAACAGCCAACUCUAUAGCUUCACCACAAAUCAUUCCACUGGCUGGCCAAAUUCCUCAACUUUCAUCUUCAGGCUCGUCUAUUGUGACUGUUCAACAACAGUUACCAAGACAAGCCAAUGGAACUCCAUCACAACCACUGACGCCACCCCAAAAAGUAAUGAAUGCCUCAUCUAAUGGCGUAAUUGCAACGAAUAUGCCAUCAGUGGCAGCAGCAGCACAGAAAUCAGGCUCAAACUCACCACCCACCAACACCACCAUACCCAAAACUAAAUCUGGCAACAAACAAAACGUUUCAACAGUGUCCACAACAGCAGCGGCAUCGACAACAACAACAUCAUCAUCAGCAACACCAACCAACUCCACCAACACAUCAAAGAACUUUACUGGCGAGGUAUUCUUUGAUGACAUUUUGCAUGACAAACCAAGAAGAAGAAGAAGAACUGUUUACUCUGCCAAGAGGAAUCUGCGAUGUCAUUUCUGUCAUGUCACAGAGACACCAGAGUGGCGAAGAGGUCCAGACGGUGACCACACUCUAUGUAAUGCAUGUGGUCUGCACUAUGCCAAGACACUGAAAAAGAAAAACAAAGACGAUCAAGAAGAAAAAGAAAGAAAAGAGAGAGAAGAAAAGGAAGAGAAAGAACGAAAAGAAAGAGAAGAAAAAGAUCGAAAGGAAAAAGAGGAAAAAGAAAAACAAACUGAAAAAGAUACAAGAAAACAUACGAAUGAUAUAGAUAUCAGUCGACCAAAUCAAAUGACACAUAAACUUCAUUUGGAUGGUGAUCUAAAUUGGAAGUCACCUGAAUCAUUCAAGUUUGAAGAGAUGUUGGGUGAAGGUUCAUUUGGAACUGUCUAUAAAGCGGUGCAGAAAGACACAGGAUCAACUCUAGCAAUAAAAGUGUUCACCUCGAAAGAAGAGACGACAAUGAUCAAGCGAGAGAUUGAGAUUCUAAAGAAAUGCAAGAAUAGACACAUCGUUAGCUACUUUGGAAGUUGUAGUCCACGCCCCGAUGAACUGUGGAUUCUCAUGGAUUUCUGCGGACUCGGCUCGGUCUCUGACAUUAUGAAAUCACUCAAUAGAACACUGAAAGAACGUGAGAUUGCACUGAUUUGCAAACAAGCUCUCGAUGGAUUGAUCUAUCUACACAACAAUCAUAUCAUUCAUCGUGAUGUGAAGGGUGCAAACAUCUUACUGGCUGAGGAUGGCACCGUUAGAAUCGGUGACUUUGGUGUAUCGUCACAGAUUAUCUCCACCUUUUGUAAAGGAUCGAUUGCAGGUACUCCCUACUGGAUGGCUCCGGAAAUAUUGAAACAAGAUGCCUACUCUAGUAAAGUUGAUAUUUGGUCACUUGGAAUAACAGCUAUCGAAUUGGCUGAAGGUGAACCACCUUUAUAUGAUGUUAAUCCAAUGAAAGCAAUGUUUAUGGUACAAAGAAGAGCACCACCAACAUUAAAUGACCCAAAGAAGUGGAGUAAGGAGUUUGUAUCAUUUCUUGAAUGUUGUUUGGUUAAGGAGAUCGAUAAGAGAGCUUCACCAGAAACUUUAAUGGAACAUCCAUUCAUUCAAUCUGCAAAACCAGAUGCUCUCAAAGAUCUAGUUGCAACAGCGAUUAAAAAUAGAAAAAGAAAAUCAAAAAAUCAAAAACCAAUAACAGAGGAAGAGAUCGAUAUGUUGUCUGGACCAAUAACAUCAUCUGCCACUGUAAUUCUAGAUGAUGAUGAUGAUAGCAGUGUAACAAAGCCAAAGAAUAAUGAAAGUGGAUCGAUAAUAUAUAAUAAUGAAUCAUCUAGAUUUAAACCAAGUAUGAUUAGCAAUAACAAUGGCAAUGGCAAUGGUAAAGAUAGUAAUGAGAGUGGAUCGAUUAUAUAUCACGAUCCAACCGAUACAUCGAAUGGUAGAUCACAAUUCACAAUGGGAACAAUGAAAAGAAAACAACAAACAAUGGCAUCAGACGAUACUAGAAAUGCCAGCAACACUGUGAUAAUCAACAAAACCAUUAGACAAUCAGUGCUGUUUGAAAAAGGAACACUGUUGGCUGAAACACUCAAAGAAUAUACGCACACAUUAAACGAAAAGACAAACACACAAAUAGAUAAAGUCCCAGUAGUAAAGAAUUUGAAUAACAUUCAAAGACAGAUAAUGAUAUUUAGUAUUUUAUCAGGAAAUUGA